GUGGUAUGUAGCUGAGUCGAGUGGAUUGUUCUGCUAGCCAGCCUGUGUUACUGAUAACAUUGGCCAGUCCUCUUAUUAAAUAGCUAGCUAAGACAUUUGUAAGUUAGCAUCAUAUUCGAAAUCCUGUUCACUAUUUGGAUAUUAGAUUCGCUGUAUAUAUAAUAAUAUGGAUUUUUUGUCUAAUUGGAUGGCGAUAUCGUUCGCCUGUAGCUAGUUAGGAUUAGCUGGUUCGACAGUUUAAUUUUCAUCUUACUGAUCAAGGUUACACAGCCAACGCUAGAUAUAUAGCUAGCUAGAUACCUGGCUAAGUUAGGUAGCUAACUAACUAACCGAAUUCACGUAGCAGUUAGCUAGCUAGUCACCUAGUUAUGCUAGCUAGCUAGGUUAGCUAACGCUAACUAGUUACCUAGGGCAGCUCGACUACGGUUUGCAGACGCAAGGAAUGUUUAGUCUGGUCGUUGGUAGCUACACCCGAUGAACGCAACCUAGCUCGCAAUGGAAUUUAACUUUAACAUGUUACUUUUAUCUCGGAGAUCUUGUGAGCAUAAGUUAUAUUUCAAAUAGAAAAGACUAGCUAUUAGGUAGGUAGCUGUUGAUUCAUUUAUCAGUAAUUAUAUAGCUUGCUGUUAGGCAAGGAUAUUUGGUCCAGAUAGCCAGCGACGCUUUGCCUCUAGUCAUUCCAGGUAUUUGACAGAUGCGGCAAUGGGAAGGCACGCUUUGAUGCAGUCAACAAUAUUCCUUACCAAGUUCAAAAUUACUUAUUUCCAGGAAUCCCAGCUAUGUGUUGCGAGGUUUGCGAAUACUGGUGCCUAUUCGUUUUUGAGAAUGGGUAUGAUUAGAAGCUUCUGAAACAAAUGAAUAUCUCUACCACCCAAUAAAUUAGUUAUAGCUAGCUACUUAAGUCUUUGUAACCUGAAGGAGGUUUUUUUGUCGUGGGAGGAACAGCUCUUCCUAUCAAAGAAAUCAUCGUUCACAGUUAAGAAACCAAAAUGACAGAGCUGUAAAAUUGCGUCCACCAUUUCCAUUAAGAAGAAACGGAGAACAGAUGUUUAUCGGCAAAAUGACUCUGAGUCAGUCCAGUCUGUUUGGACAGAUAGAUGACCUACAAGAUCUUACAUUCAUCGAGAGACCGAUACGCAGGAGCCUGAAGACUGCAGAAGAGAUUGACAAGUUAACCGUAGAUGAAGAUCUGAAUGACAUAGAGCGUGCAGUCUACCUCCUCAGCUCCGGUCAGGAUGUGCAGCGAGCCAGCGUCAUCGUCAACCUGCCAAGCCUGGUGCGCCAGAACCCAGCAGAGACCUUCCGCAGGGUGGUGCCAAAAGUCAGGGAGGUGCUACACGUAGCUGGGGCGGACAUGCAGCUUGCUGCAGCCGGUUCUUUCUUGACUGUCCUCCAGGAUGACAUUGUCCUCAUCCAGACGCACACCCACUCCAUCCUGCAGAUAGUUCUUCUCAACCUAGACCACAGGGAUGGAGUGGUCAGCAGCGCUUGGCUAGAGACUCUGUUAUCAGCUAUUGAUGCUCUACCAAAAGAAACUAUCAGACAGGAGAUCCUGAGUCCACUGGUAUCAAAGGCUCAGCUUUCCCAGUCUGUCGCAGCCCGUCUGGCCAGCUGUCGCAUCCUGGGGAAGGCUGCUGCCAAGUUUGAGUCAUCAGUAGUGAAGAAGGACCUGCUGCCUGUGGUCAGGUCGUUGUGUCAGGACGUGGAGUACGAGGUGCGCUCCUGCAUGUGUCGCCAGCUGGAGAGCAUCGCCAGGGGAAUUGGUAUGGACCACACAAAGGUUGUGGUGCUACCAGAGCUGGUAGAGCUUGCUCAAGAUGAGGGAAGCACUGUGAGACUGGCAGCCUUUGACACCAUCAUCAACCUCCUGGAAAUGUUUGACAGUGACGACAGGACGCGUGUUAUAUUUCCCCUGGUGAAGACAUUCUGUGAGAAGUGUUUCAAAGCCGAUGAAGCCGUGCUGGCCUCCCUGUCCUACCAGUAUGGCAAGAUGUGCCACGGUCUGUCUGCGUCUUUCACAGACGAACAGCACCUAUGGUUUCUGGAGUUCUAUAAGAAGUUGUGCUGCCUGGGACUGCAGCAUGAGAAUGGCCACUGUGAGAGCCAGCCCUACCCACUAGAGCUGGAGAACAAGUACGCGCUGGUGCGCACAAACUGCGCCUACAACUUCCCUGCCAUGAUGUUAUUUGCUGACCCAAACCACUUCCUGUCUGAACUGUACCGGACCUUCUCAAGCCUGUGUCAUGACCCUGAAAUCUCAGUUCGGCGGACAGCUGCCGAAGGCUUCCAUGAGGUAGUUAAACUGCUGGGUCCAAAUGUGCAUUAUGUACACAAAGAGCUGAUCAUCUUACUGCAGGAUGAUUCAUUAGAGGUUCUUGAUGCCCUGCUCAAUCAUCUCCAGGAUACUUUGGAGCUGGCAACAUCCAGAGGGGAGGGCACAGGACCUGAGAGCAAGCAGGUGAAUGUGCCCGAGUUAGUGCCUGCACUGGUGGCGGCGGAGCAAAAGGCGGCAUCUUCUCUACGCUGGCGUGUCCAUGAGAAGCUCCUGCAGCGUUACUCCUGCCUGCCGCGUGUCAUCACUGGGGACCAGAUCUACUUCCGCUUCCUCCAGAGAAUGUUUGGAAUCAUUACUACAAACAGCGUUCUGCCGGUCCAGAGGGAAGCAGCCCGGACAUUGUGUAUGUUCUUGCGCUACAAUCGCAAGCAGGAGCAGCGGCAGGAGAUCAUCAGCAAAAUAACACAGGAACUUGCUCAAGGUAGAAGCUACUGGAACAGGUUACGGUUUCUGGACCUGUGUGAGAUUGCUAUAGACCUCUUCUCCAAAUCCUACUUCUGCAAGUACUUCCUCAUUCAGGCACUAGAGCUCGUCAGUGACCCCGUGGCCAAUGUCAGGUAUAAGCUGUGCCACAUGCUGCCCAGGCUGAGGUCCACCAUCAGGCUGCCAGCUGACAAACACCUGCUGCAGCAGCUGGAGUUCUGUGUCAGAAAACUGCUUUGCCGUGAGAAAGACAAAGAUGUCGUGGCCACGGUGCGCAAGACAGUCUUGGAGUUGGACAAAAUGGACAUCACUGAACCGUAUCAUAAAAGGCAUGAAAGAGACUUGCUGGACCAAAAGAAAGAGAAGGAGGAAAACUUGCUACUUGAAAUGGAGCUGUUGGAACGGCAGCAGAGCGAGGCUAAACUGGCCGGGGAGAAGCAUGCGGAUAAGAAGCGAAGAGACAGCAAAACAAGCCUUUCUGGUAGCAAAGGCAUGUCAGGAUCUACAUCUGGGGCCACGUUGUCCACAUCUGCUGGUAAGGAGAUGCGAAGAGCGAAACUGGCCCGAAGCCGCUCACUUAGUAGUCACCCCAGCACUCCCAAAAUGGCAAACUCCGACAAAACCCUAAAAGUCAAAGAGUCAGGAAGUUGUCCUGGAUCAGGAAAGAGCUCCAUAAUACCAAUUAAUGACGACACCCUGCGACCACACCACUUCAACGUGGCCUCUUCGUCCUCCUCGUUGUCCCCAACUCCCUCUACCUCCUCCAUGCCCGUCCUUAUCCGCAGCAACACGAGCAGCAAUGGCAGCAAAGACAUACAGUCCAGGAAACUCACCAUACAAAGGAAAUCCAAUUCAUUUGGCAUGCAGUCUGGGAGGGAGUGACAGCCACUCAGUUCCAAGGACUUUGGCAAGCUUGCCCAUUGUGCAGUAGUCCACUUCCCCGGGCACAGAACAUGGAGAAGGAGCCGAUGGCUGUUGGUGUACACCCUGGAGACGCGUCAUCCGGCGGAUGCUGGGGCUAGCCCUCGUUCCUCCUCUGUAGUGGAACAACUAAGCUCCCAUGGAGGAGGAAAGGGGCACUAGGAUUCUCCUUACAUGAAUGAAAGCAAACUGAUCCAUCUCUGCCUUAUUCUUGCACCAUUUGUCAAAAAAAACAAACAAAAGUAACCAGAGUCAAGGAAGCAGAGUGAUGUAUUUAAUUUAUUGGUUCAAUUUUUUUGUUUCUUGUAUUAUAGCAUGCUUUGCAAAAUCUUCGUUUUAUAUUUUCCAACCAGCUGUGAAAAAAAAGAUGCAGUAUGUAUUUUUAUGAAUUGAGCGCCAUCUUUAAGAGUGCUGGGACUCUCUGUCCCAUCAAAGAGUUUGUGCCUGGUGCAUCUUAGCACCUGAGUGAUUCAUGCCAACCCUUCAGAACCCAAUCAAUAAAGCUCAUGUUGAACA